GACGCGGAAGGACGCGAGCGAGCGGGCGGGCAGGGCUCCGCGGGCGCAGGGACAUGCUAGUCCCGGAGCUGCCCAGGCUCUCGCUGAUCCCCGUGCAGCUGCUGCUGCUGCUGCUGCUGCUGCUGCUGCCCGCGCAAUGUCCCGCCCGCCGCGCCGGGCGCUUCGACCCCACUUGGGAGUCUCUGGACGCCCGACAGAUCCCCGCCUGGUUCGAUCAGGCCAAGUUUGGCAUCUUCAUCCACUGGGGCGUGUUCUCCGUGCCCAGUUUCGGGAGCGAAUGGUUCUGGUGGUACUGGCGAAAGGAAAAGAUACCCAAGUUUGUGGACUUUAUGAAAAAUAAUUACCCUCCUGAUUUCCAAUAUGAAGACUUUGGGCCACUAUUUACAGCUAAGUUUUUUAAUGCAAACCAGUGGGCAGAUAUUUUUCAGGCUUCCGGUGCCAAAUAUGUUGUCUUAACUUCCAAGCAUCACGAAGGCUUCACCCUGUGGGGCUCCGAGCACGCGUGGAACUGGAACGCCGUAGACGAGGGGCCGAAGAGGGAUGUCGUCCAGGAACUCGAGGUGGCCAUUAGGCGCAGGACGGGCCUGCGUUUCGGACUGUACUACUCCCUUUUUGAGUGGUUUCACCCGCUCUUCCUUGAGGAUGAAUCCAGCUCAUUCCAGAAGCGGCAAUUCCCAGUUUCGAAGGCGCUGCCUGAGCUGCGGGAGUUGGUGAGCAAGUACCGGCCGGAGGUGCUGUGGGCGGAUGGCGACGGAGGGGCGCCGGACAGCUACUGGAACAGCACGGGUUUCCUAGCCUGGCUGUACAAUGAAAGCCCGGUGCGGGACACCGUGGUCACCAAUGACCGCUGGGGAGCGGGGAGCAUCUGUACGCACGGCGGCUACUACACCUGCAGCGAUCGGUACAACCCCGGGCAUCUUCUGCCACACAAGUGGGAAAACUGCAUGACAAUAGACAAGUUUUCCUGGGGCUAUCGGAGGGACGCCAGAAUCUGUGACUAUCUCACAAUUGAAGAAUUGGUGAAGCAACUUGUAGAAACAGUUUCAUGUGGAGGAAAUCUUUUGAUGAAUAUUGGACCCACACAAGACGGCAUCAUCUCUCCAGUUUUCGAGGAGCGAUUAAGGCAAAUGGGGACGUGGCUGAAAGUCAACGGAGAAGCCAUUUAUGCAAGCAGCACUUGGAGAGCUCAGAAUGACACUGUCACCCCAGACGUGUGGUACACAUGCAAACCUAAGGAAAAACUGGUCUACGCCGUGUUUCUCAAAUGGCCCACCUCCGGAGAGCUGUUUCUUGGUGCACCCGAAGCUACUCCAGCAUCGACAGAGGUUAGACUUCUGGGACAUGGACAGCCACUUAAGUGGACCUCUUUGGAGAAAACUGGCAUCGUGGUGGAGCUGCCGCGUCUAACCUUUCAUCAGAUGCCCUGUAAAUGGGGCUGGGCUCUGGCACUCACCGAUGUGACCUAACGUGCAGCGGAGUGGUCCACGCUGCAGCCACAGACUAGACCGUGUCGGGUUUGCAGAAUGACAGCACACGGAGAACGCAUACGUGAAAUGGGGCAAGAAAAGUCAAGGGAUUAUUUAGGUGGCACAGCCCUUUCCCCCUUUCACUCCCUAAUUUUUUUUCCCUAAGUUAGCUGUGUAACGGUUUUAACUCUCCGGCACACUGUGGGUUCUGAACAGGCCUCGUUAAGAUGCGUCCCUUCAGCCCGUGAAUUAUUGCGAGCUGGAGGCCAUCGAGAUCCUGCGGGCUUGUGAGGAACUUUUACCUCUUCCAAUAAAGAAUUUAAAUUUGGGACCCUGCCCAUAAUGAGUUAUCACCAGAAAUUACUUUUUUUUUUUAAAAAGUCUAUUUCUCGGCAUUUUAAUGUUUCCAGAAAACUGACAGAUCUACAAAGUAAACAUGAAGAAUAUCUUAAAAUCUUUGAUAGGUUAUUUAAUUUUGUUAGAAUUAAUGUAGAAAUUAAUGUUCAAAACAAAGGGGAAAAUCCACACAAUUCUGUAGAAUAGUGUUGUCCCAGACCUUCUUUGGUUUUAAUAAUCUUGACCGUCUCCAUUCUGCAAUCAUAAACCUUACACAUGUUCUCCCACUUAAGAGAUUUUGACACAGAAAUGUCAUCACUGUACAUUCUUGG